AUGAGAAACCCUCCAAAGUUCUCCAAGGCUAAGGAAUAUAGAAGAAACCCAUUAGCCAUUAGCCAAUCUCACCUUCAUCCCUACACUUCUCCAUUAAAUUCCUCUGAGAAACCCAAGUACCCAUUUCUCUAUUUAUUGGAUUAUUGCACUGAUCCUUUCUCGGUAAAGAAAAUCCACACCCAUCGCAUUGUUCAUGGCCUCACCCAAAUCCUCCCUUUUCAAACUAAGCUGUUGAGCUCGUACGGUUCUUUGGGGAACACUAAGUACGCACGCUUGGCGUUCGAUAGAAUUCCGAGCCCAGAUCUCUAUUCAUGCAAAGCAAUGCUAAAAUGUUAUGUCAUGAAUGGUUGCUUUGAUAAAUCCAUUGGGUUUUAUUGGUACAUGAGAGAAUGUGAUGUUGAGUACGAUAAUGUUGUCUUCUCUCUCCUGCUUAAAGCUUGCAUCAAGUUGGUUGACCUCGAUGAGGGGAAGAAGCUACAUUGUCUUGUAGUUAAAGUUGGAAAUCCCGAUAUUUUCUUACUGAAUGUUUUUGUUGAUAUGUAUGCAAAAUGUGGAGACUUGGAUUCUUCUGUGGGAGUGUUUGAGGAAAUUCCUCAUCCAAAUGUAGUUUCUUGGGCUUCGGUCAUAACGGGUUGCAAUCAGAAUUAUCGCCCAGAAAGUGGAUUGCUUCUUUUUAAUCGCAUGAGAUUGGUUGAUAUUGAACCUGAGGAGCAUAUAAUGGGAAGCUUGCUCACAUCAUGUUCGAUGGUAGAGUCUCCACAUCAAGGAAAGUGGAUUCAUGGUUUCGUAUUGAAAACUGGAAUGUGCAUGAACGCUUUUGUGGCUACUUCACUGUUGGAUAUGUAUAUCAAAUGUGGAGAAGUUACCGAUUCUCGGGCCUUUUUUGAUGAGCUUGACGACAUCGAUCUUGUUCUAUGGACUGCCAUGAUUGUUGGCUACACUCAGAAAGCAAUCCGCGGGAUUGGGAGACGGGAGAUUAUUUCUGGUAAAUUUCCAUCAAACCCCCUUGAACUAUUGGCGGUUCUGUAUGAGCCCUAA